CGCCCGGCGGGACAUCCGGGGUUGCCGGUUGUUUGUGCGGCGGGGGAAGAUGGCGGUGGAGUCGCGCGUCACGCAGGAGGAGAUUAAGAAGGAGCCGGAGAAGCCGAUCGACCGGGAAAAGACGUGCCCGCUGCUGCUUCGUGUCUUCACCACCAACAACGGGCGGCACCACCGCAUGGACGAGUUCUCCCGCGGCAAUGUGCCCUCCAGCGAGCUGCAGAUCUACACCUGGAUGGACGCAACUCUGAAAGAGCUGACCAGCUUAGUGAAAGAAGUCUACCCAGAAGCACGGAAGAAGGGCACUCACUUCAAUUUUGCAAUUGUUUUUACAGACCUCAAGAGGCCUGGAUAUAGGGUGAAGGAGAUCGGCAGUACCAUGUCAGGCAGGAAGGGCACAGAUGAUUCCAUGACAUUGCAGUCUCAGAAAUUCCAGAUAGGAGACUACUUGGAUAUAGCAAUUACUCCUCCGAAUCGUGCACCGCCCCCCUCAAGCCGCAUGAGACCGUACUAAACUGUUGCUUCUUUGUAUGAUUACAUCUUCUGUUUAUUCCUACUUGCUGUUCUAAAGCAGGCUUAUUUUUUGCUUUUGUUGCUAAGCAAGAACACCUGAAGACAAAGCUAAGUGUCAGAAAUGAAAGUUAACUUUUAAACCUUAACUUUUAGUUUAUUUGUUUAGAAGAAACACUUACCUUUAGCAGUGCCAUCAUCCUAUCCCUGAUAGUUAGAGUUUGAACAGUAAGUCCCUGUGUCCAGUGUUUCAAGAUUUCCAUAAAAUAUGACCAGAAGGAUUACAGGUGUUCUGUAGUUCUGUCUUGUUUGGAAUAAAGAUUGAUGUUAUUAAUCUUUU